AUGAAGUCUACGGCUGUCUUGGGUUCCCUCGCCUUGGGCGGGCUGGCAGCAGGCCAAACCGUCCAGUCAAAGCCAUUCAACCUGCUCGUGCAGUCGGACAGCAAGGAACUCGACGGCCGUGCCCUGAGUACAUGUCACACGGGGGCGGCUAUUGAAUCCAUCUGUCUUCUCAGCGACGCCAAGGCCGUCUUCAACCUCAACACCACCGAAGGUGCCCAACCUGGACCCGGUGGCCUUUCUGGCGUUCUGGCUUGGACUCUGCCAUCUCAGCCACCUAUUCCAUCCAGCAUGUCCUUCUACACCGACCCGUCUACCAACGUUGCCCUCCCCCUCUUCUAUCCCGGAGCCAACAACGUUCAAUACGUCGGCUUUGAUGGGGACGAUCUCAUGAAUAUUGUCAGCUACCUUGAUGAUACGAAAUCACCGCCCACUGGUCAGGAUCCCCGUGUUCUCAAGCGUUGGUACGUCUGCACCACAUACAACGUCGGCUACACCUACCAGACUCUCACUUGGGUCCUGGGCGGCGCAAACCCCCAGAAUCCAAGCUGUGUAAAGGUUGAUGUCAAGAGAAAGUUUGUUGAGGAAUAG